GACUGCAAGGGAACAUGAGUAUUCUUUUGUAGAAUAAAAAUAGUGAUCUAUAAUACGUAACAUACGAUAGUUGAAACAGUAAAAUGUUAUCAGUUGGAAGAAACAAUUUGUUUAGUAAUUAUUAUAGCAUAAUUUGCUCUUUGCAUUAAAUUAGAAAUGUUAUGUAAUGUUACUAAUCUUAUUCUAAUGUUACAAUAUUCAAAUUUUAUCCUAAUAAAUACUUAUUAUAAUAAUAUUAAGUAAUUUGUAAACAUAUAACAGUUGAUAUUGUAAGAGAACAUAUGUGACCAAGAUUUAAAAGUUUAAUUUGGAACAUCAUAUCGAGAGAAUUUAAUAUGUAUAUAUUUUAUUCCCUUAUGCAGUUACUACAAAAACAUGAUGAACACGAAAGUAUUUACCAGACAUAUAUGCAAUUAUAUAUAUAUAUAUAUAUAUAUAUAUAUAUAUAUAUAUAUGCACACACCUCCUAACUUUACUUUAAAUUAUUAUUAUUUUUGAUUAUAAAAAGCAAUUGUAAUUGUUUAUCAUACUUAAGACACUUUUUGAUUUUAAGUAGUAAGGUAUAAAUUGAUAUUAAGUAGUAAAAGAUAUAAAUCAAUGUUUGAUUAUUAAAUAUAUAUGUUUAUAUUAUUUAUCUAUUCAUAUUUAUCUAUACUCCUCACAAAUUAUAUGUUAAUUUUUCUUGAAGGACAAAAGAAUUUUGCAUGUAUGUAUGAUAAAUAAUAACAUGCAAUAACUGUUUUCAAAUAUAUAAAAAUUAAUUAAGUACAUGAUAUAGUAGUAUGACAAUAAAAUAAAGAUGAUAAAAUUACUUCCAUAUCAAUCAACAUUGAUAAUCGGGUACGCAGGGAUAUGUCUUGCAUAAUAGAUUAGUAUGAAUACUUGAAAAAUUUGUUUUUACCACCGAUUUUUGUUUUAAUUAAUCUGUCACUUUCACACCUUCUAACGAUAGAAUUGAUAUCUUAUCGAUACUAAUCUAAGAAAAAAAGAAUAUUAUUGAAAUUGUAAUAGAAUUGUUUAUCCUUAUUUAUAUGUGUUUUGAUGGAGGACCGUAGUGACGGCGACUUUUAAUUGUGAAAAAUAAUAGCCUGUUCCUACGUACCACAUUAUACUCGUGAUAAUAUCAUAACGAAACAACGGUUAUUCUCUUUUCUCCCUUUUAUAUAUAGUGUAAAUAUUCUAAUAGUUUAUUCAUAUAAGGUAGUCUUUCCUACAGAAUUAUCGAUAAUAUAUAUAUAUAUAUAUAUAUAUAUAUAUAUGAUAGAAAAUUUUAUAAUAUUAUGUAUCAGCGCCACAUCAAAGGAAGUUUAUCUUCAUUAACGAUUGUAUAGUUCUUUACUUAGUUUGCCAUAAAGUAAAUAAAGAGCCAUUUAACAAUUAUAAUAUCUUAUUACAGGGGUGACGUGCGAUCUGUCACUAAAUAUUUUUAUGAUUUUAUAGGAACCUUGUGCUUCCAAUAAAAACACCUUAAUGAGGUUAGAUUGUAUAUAUCAAACUAAUGUUGUAUUACAUUCAUAAUGGUUGUACAAGUUCAUAAAUGCUUAAAUAUUAUGAAAAUAUUAUGUUGCAUUAAUAUUAUUACAUUUAUGUGCGAUAAUUAAUAAUCUAUUCAAAUAAGGCAAGUGCUGUGAUCUCUUAUUUUUACUACCUUUGUGUAAAUUCAAUCGUCAUUCGAAUAAAGAUAUGUUCCCAACAUCGUACCAGAUUGAAUCACGAUAAUUUUUUAAUAAAAAAUACAUUAAUAUUAUAAUAUUCAAUUUGGAUACAUUAUUGAGCCUAUCAUUAAUCCGUGAGAUCCGAAGAAUCUGCUGUUGUAUUUUUAGGGCAAGAGAAAGGAAAAUAAAAAUAAAUGUUUACAAUUCUAAACGAACAAUAAUGCACAUCUGUUGUUUGACAAUGAUCUAAUCGCGGGUAAAUCUAGUCAUGAAAAAACUUUUAUUUGUAAAAAUUAAAAGGAAUAUGGCGAGGUAGGAGAAAUAAAUGUAAUUUUCACAAUUUUUAUUAAAAAAUCCGUCCUUCGACAAGAAAAAUAUCGACAUCUCUAUUUACAACACGAACGAUGUCUGAAAAAGAUCGCAUCGAGAUGCGCAACCUUGAUUAGCAAGAUUAGGUAGGACAAGCCUGUCUUUCUAAAUUACUUUCAAACGGUAAACAAUGUUAACACGCGAUAAAUUGUAACGAAUUAGAUCAGAAGAGUUGCGUUCGCGAUAACGAAUAUUUUUAGCUAGCAAAAAUAUUUCAUUUUUAUAUCGUGAAUUCGGUACAUACAUACACCUUCUGUCAACGUCUAACUAAGACGACUUUCUUAUUUAUUAGGAACGUAGCCUAGAGAUAUAUUUAUCAACUGCUUAACACUAAAGUUAACUAUUUAAACAAUCCUAGUAACUAACUAAAUAUUCCAUUAAAAUGUCGUGCCAGAAGUUGGCGACGCAGACUACGCAUAUCAAAUCAGAUAAUAUAUAAAUGCGCAUAGUCGCCCGCAUAUAGUUUUCUUACUUUUUAAAUAUCUGUUUAUCAAGUAUUUUAUUGGAAAUAGAAAUUCUUAUAUUCUACACGCGCUAUUACAUUGUUAAACGAUUGAUUGAAAUUUCAAUAUAUUGGAACGUUGGAUGUAUCGUUGAAAUUGGAAAUUUUAUUUUCCGAAAAUUAUGAGUAGUUAUACAAAUCUAGUUAAGAGGUUUUUUAAAAAUAAGGUUAGAAAUUUGUGGCCAUAUACGGCUGUGUGUGCGUGUGCGCGCAUAGCACUUAUUUCUACCGUUUAAGACUGUUCGUCGUCCCUGCUUCAUUUUUCGAAGUUACACACGCUUCGAGCGUAAGGUAAUGAACAAUUUUGAUGUGUGUGUAAAAAUUCAAAUAUUUUCGAACGCAAAAACGCAUUUAUUGGUCUAAGGCACGAUGGAGGGGGAAAAGGAGAAGAUGAUAAAUAAUAGCCAAGUAGUCCCAGUCUCAAUAUGUAGUAUAUCCAGCAUCAAUGCGGAUAUGCAAGAUAUGAAUUACACCAGUUUGUUUCUACAUACUUCUCAGAUGGAAAACGAAGUUGUCUCUUCUAGUAACAACUUGAGAAAUAUGAUGGCAAAGAAAAAAAAUAGAUAUACUAUAUAUAAACCAAUAAUUACAUCUUCAAGUAUCGAACAAUCUUCAAGAAAAAAAGACUGCUUCAAUGGCAAAACAUUAUCGAUUAAUGAGAAUUUGCCUGUAAUGGAAAAAUAUUUGCCAUUACCAACAAAUAUGGAAGAAGUUUUUGAUAAUGCCAAUUUUUUUAAAUUGCAAAAAGAAAGUGCAAAGUAUAACGACUUUGGUCGUCCUCAAAUAGUCGUUGCUACAAGUCACAAAGAAAAAUCAAAUAGAACUUUUUUUAACUGGAGAGUUAUGUUAAAUGAAAAUGGUCACUUACUUGUUAAAGGAACAUUAGAAAGUGGAAAAAUUGCGCGCACUAAGCCCAUACUUAAGAGAUUGACAGCUACAAGCGUAGAGUCUAUUUUUAAACAAAUAUAUCAUCUAAAAGGAAAUAUUGUGGAUAAUAGAAAUGAGGUACCAGAGUACGUUCGAGGUAAAUUCUUCAAUGGUUUUCCUGAUGAUUGGGAAAAUGUAAUUCAAAUAUGGAAAUUAUUUAUUUCUCAAGGCUUGAAUUCAAACUUUCAUUGGCCAAUCAAAAUUAUUGAUAGCGAUAAUGACGCAAAUAGCAAAAUGUCAGACGUAACGUUCGAAUGUCGAAAGGAAGACGGAAUUAAGUUUAACGAGUCAGGUGUUAUUUCAAUGGGACAAAAACCAAGUGUAUCCAAUUUCCAAAUACCUUUCAGUAGUUUACGUGGUAAUAACGGGGAAGAUCGCUCUUUAGAGACUAAAACCAAUAAUGACGUAUACACUCCUGAAAUUUAUGUAUCAGGUUCAACAAAUUUACUGCUUUCUAGCAUGGCAAAGAAGACGUAUAAUUAUAACAGUUUAGAUAGAAAGGAUCAGUACCAGAAUAAAAGUGUGAAUAUACAUCAAUUGCCUCUUCUUGAAAAAGAACAUACAAUGAGAAAUAUGCAGGAAGAUACAAUUAAUAUCAUUGUUAAUAAUUUACUGCAUAAGGAUUGCCCUCAAGAAUACAUUUCUAAAAUAAUACAAAUGUUUGAUUCUCUCAAUGAUGUUUACUCUUAUGGAGUGGCAUCGAACGAUACGAAUGGAGAAAGUAGAGUAAAGUGUAAUGAUAAGAAAUCUGGAUUGUGUAGCAAUCAAAUACAAGGUAACGAAAUAAUAAAUAAUUCGGAAAGAUCUUGCAUCUCGGAAAGAUCGCACGGAAAAGGCUUUGAAGAAUUGGAAGAUGAAACUUGUCCGGGUAUAUCUAAAAUCAUAUCCGAAAGAAUAUUAUUACAAAAUGAAAGAGUGUCGAUGAAACGGCAUAAACACGAGCAAAGACGAGAAAGUACGAAUUGUAACGCUGUAACUAACAGUCAUGUAAAAUUACAAGAAAAAAGUAAAAAAAACAAAUCAAUAUACCAUUCUACUUCCAGCAAUGACAAUAUUGAAAAUGACAAUAUGGAAAAUCAUGAUCCCGCACAUGUAUCGGUAUCUGUACAUAAGGAAAAGAGGAAAAGAGAUAAUAUUAAGUAUCAUUUUGGAGUGUCCAAUAGAAGAAAAAAGAAUAGUUUGAAAAAUAAUCGUUAUUGCGAAAAUUCUAGUACGGAAGAUGAAAUGGAAUUGUUAGAACUCAAACAUAAGAAACAUUUGAAUAUGGCAAAGAUCAUAGAACACAGUGCGAAAAAACCAAAAAUAAUAAACACCUUUGUUGAUACGAAUCAUGUUAAUGUAGUUCAUAGAACUCGUGAGAACAGUAUUAACGAUAAUAAAGCGACGUCGUUGAAAAACAAAAAGCAGAACGGAAUAUCAACACCUUUGGCCAUUGUAGAAAGUCAUACUCUUAACGUGAACUCAAACGAAGAUAUGAUCGAUGAAAAAUCGGAAUUUAUACCCGUCUUAAAUGAUACAAAAGAGCUGAUUAAAAAUACGCAUGAAUCGAAUUUGCGCGCAGGUAUUAUAAGGGACGGUCGUUUAAUCGACGAACAUAAAAAUGAUUCGAACGACCACAGAACUCCAAGAGGUAGUCGAUUUCAAAUUGAACGCGAAAUAUCUCCUGAAAAUGCAAAAUAUGCUACGAUAGAGACAGAUGCACCUUUGUUAAUAUCAAAUCCAAAGUCUUGCGUUGAAACGUGUCGCGAGGCAAAUACGUCAAACGAUGAAUUUUUAAGCGCAAAGAAACCUCAACUAUUAUCCGACUGGAUACCACGAGUUGUAAUUGAUUCUAAAUCAGUUUGCGAGUUAAGUUUGGUUUUUGAAGGUAAAUUGCUCAACGAGGCUGGCCACGUGGUUCAUAGAAAAUUUACAACCGAGCACAUUCGCAAACGACUAUCGGCAACUUUGAUCGAAGGUAUAAAUCAAGAACUAUAUCGACUUAUCGGAGAUCUGCACGAUUCUAAACACGGUAACAUUUACACGCAUUUCAAGAUACGAUUACACUUGCGCCGUUAUGUUAAAAUAUAUAUUAUGUUAGUUGUACCAAAAGAAUUACUGAGGUAUUGUCGUGAAGGAUGUCCACUUAAUAUAAACGAAUUUUGCAAAAUGUGGAAAUCGCGUGGAAAAGCCAAUGCAGGUGAAGUAGUAGGAACGAAGCAAGGAGGUAAGAUGAUAGAUGUAUCGAAUGUUCCUACAAGUUCAAGAGGACGUAGGAUAUUUCCACCGUUGAGUUACUGGACUGGAGAGCGCGUUGCUUUUAGAGACAACGAAAUAGUCUACACAACAGGCAGUUCUCCGAGGUAUUCUAUCGAUCGAUCGGCCGAACGUAAAAGCAAUAAAUUGCAAGUGGAAGAAAAGAUGUCUGGUCAGUCUAACGAUCUUGGUGGGUCUAAAAAAGGUGCAAGUGAUGCGUUGAAAGAUGAAAAUACCACGUUAUUACCUACUAGUUUACAACGGCAAGUUGAUACAUGGGCACACAGGUACGAUGUAGAAUUAACUAACACGCAAAAGACGGAUAGAAACAAUGCUGCAGUAUCGCAAUCGGAUGAACGUACAAAACAAUAUGGCAUAAGGCAACAAUCACCUAUUAAAAAACAAAACCUGAUGUAUACUUAUUAUAAAAGUAUUCCACACACAGACGACAUUUUGUCCGACGAUCAAGUAUCUCAGUUAUAGAUGUAUCUUUUGUGCUUUUAGAAAUAGCUGGUUAACGCAAGUUCUCGUUACUGCGAUAAGUUGUAAACGUUACGACAACUCUUCGGAAAACUGUGUUGAUUUUUAUCGAUUAAUCUUUAUUUACAUAAGUUUGGAUAAUGAUUAAUAUUCAUUUUUAGGAUUGAUCAAACCCGGUGAAAGGGACAGAUUCUUUUUUCUCUCUCGUUUCUUUUACAAUUAAUUACCAUGAUCAUAAUCAUAAUCGAAAACUAUUUUGUAUAAAUUAAGAACGAUGAUGCAUAGUCUUGACAAUGGUAUCAGAUCAAUGCGUCCUUCGCGAUUCUUCGACUGACCUAACUGAAUCGCGAAAAAAAAAAACUAGAGAUUUUGUCUUUUACUGCAAGCAGUCCGACUUGAUUCACGAAGGUGAAUACACCAUUGUUUUAUAUCGUCCGUCUGUCCGUUUUCAUCAUGUUUUAUAAUAUCAAACUUUUCCUAUCGCUACACGGUAAUGAAAUUUAUGUUCGAUCACUGGCCCGGAAUUCGAAAAAUCUGAAUAGCAGUCUCCCACGUAACAUUUUUAUCAUAUUAUUAUGACAAAGUGAUAUUGGCAAACAAAAUAUCGAUCGACAAACGAGAGCUAGUCGAAUAAAUGAUUGACGGAAUACCAAAUUCCAAAUUGCAGUUCGUCGAUAUAAAAUUAUAACCGAGGAAGAAUGUGCUAAGGCCGAAUGUAAGAGAAAUUAUUUUAGGGAAUAAUUGGAAUUUAUAACAGACUUUCAUUUUUAUAUUUAUCUUUUAGCAAUUGUUCAACUUUUAAAUUGUAAUAGAAUAUAUGUUCGUCAGAUUACAAAUAAGUAGAUGAAUAACGAUUACUGCGUUGAUAGUUUUGUUUUUUUACGAAGUUUUAUCGAUUUAAGAAAAUGCUUACUCACGAUCUUAAAAUUUAUCUAUGGCUUCACAAGUAACAACGUAAGCUCAUUUUUAUCAUAAGUAAAAGUGGAACCCGAUGAAAUGCAUUUACGCAAUUACGUUUUGGUAAUAAUAAAAAUAAAAAAAAAAAAAAAAAAAAAAAAAAAGUUGCAGAAAUAAAA